UUAGUAGUGUAAUUACGAGGGAAAAAUGUGAUUUAUAAAGCCAUUAAAUCGUUAGGGUGAAAGGUAGACUCUUUCAGUUGCUAGUUUCCAUGCGAUCGUGAUGAUGAUCGUUCUUCUCUGUUUGCUGGUGGUUUUCCCAAAGGGAUGUAUACCCGAAUUGGUACUGAAAACAACAAAAAUUGAAUGCAAAACAAAUCCGAAGUUCGUUGAAAAUGUCACAUGUUACCUCAAGGCGGUAACUUGGGAGAAGUCGCUUGUUCAAAUGGACUGUCAUCUUAAAGAACCCUUAAGGAAUCCAACCGUGCAUAUUAAGCUAUAUAAAAAGGACUAUAACAACCAGUAUAAACCAUUUCUGGCGAAUGUUGCGUUUAACUUGUGCGACUUGAUAGCUGGGAAGGCUUUCCUACCCUACGGCCUAUUGAUGUGGAAAACAUUGAACAAGUUCACGAAUGCCAACCACUCUUGUCCUUUUGUUGGUCAUCUCUUCGCGCGGGACAUGGUUUUCGAAACCAGCAAUUUACCGUCAUCCAUUCCAAUGGGUGCAUACUGGAUAUCCUCGACAUUUUCCGAAACCUAUUCGGAAGGGAGCAAAGCGAGCUAUGGCACUGUUAAUUGGUAUUGGGAGAUCAUGCGAAACAAGAGGAAACCAAAAACAAUUAAGGGUAAAAGAACUACAUUGACCGUCGUGAUGGUUUGAAUUUAAAUUUAAAUGUGUACCAAGCGUUACCUGACGUUUCAAUUAAACACAUCUGGCAGCGCUGUCAUAA